AUGACCAGCCUGUUUAGGCGCAGCAGUAGUAAUGGAGGAUCCAGAAGCAGUGGUGGGGGCGAUGGACAAGGUGAGCUCAACAACAGCAGACCCAACCGCCAGGUUCGCCGCUUGGAGUUCAACCAGGCAAUGGAAGACUUCAAGAUCAUGUUCCCCACAAUGGACUACGAAGUCAUCGAGUGUGUGUUACGUUCCAAUAACGGAGCUGUAGAUGCCACCAUUGACCAGCUUCUACAGAUGAGCCUUGAUGGACAGGCUUCAGAUGAUAGCUCAGACUCUGAUGACAGCAUCCCACCAGAGAUUCUGGAGAGAACACUUGAACCAGACAGUUCAGAUGAAGAGCCACCGCCAAUCUACUCACCACCAACCUAUGAUAUGCACGUUUAUGACAGAAAAUACCCAGAGGCCCCUCCGACACCCCCACCAAGAUUUGAAGCUCAGCCACCUUCAGGUCACAAGCACGUCAAGAGCUACCGAAAUUGGAAUCCUCCAUUGCUUGGAAAUCUCCCAGAUGAUUUUCUGAGGAUCCUCCCUCAGCAAUUAGAGAUUGUAAAGAGCACUCAGGUUGAGGUCUCUCAGCCUGGAUCUUCACCAUCCUCAUCUUUGAGUCAGUGGACAGCCCAGUCAAGUUCUAAGUCUGGAGCUAUAGGCACCAAUGGUGGUCCAGGUCUGACAGCAGGAGCGAUUGAGCAAGACAAGAAACUGAAGCAGUAUCUGGAAGAUGAGCGCAUUGCCCUUUUUCUACAGAAUGAGGAGUUCAUGAGAGAGCUGCAGCGAAACCGGGAGUUUCUUGUUGCCCUAGAGAGAGAUCGCUUGAGGUAUGAAUCCAAGAAAUCAAAGUGCAGUCAUUCAUCUAGCUUGGAUAAUUGCACAGAAUUGUCCUCUGCACCGUCAUCGGAGGCUGUGUCAGAAGAUGCGCUGUUCAGAGACAAACUCAAACAUAUGGGCAAAUCCACAAGAAAGAAGCUGUUUGAAAUUGCCAAAACGUUCUCCGAAAAGACAAAGAGAAGAAAGUCUAAAAGGAGACCACUUCUGAAGCAUCAUUCAUUGGGCACCGCUCAUUCCACAGCCAAUCUUCUUGACGAUGUGGAAGGAAACUCCUGUGAGGAAGAAUGUCAAUCAAGAAAAGCGGUCACUCAGGAAGAAAAUGAGCAACGCACUGAGCCAGAUUCAUGGUAA